AGCAAGACAACCAAGGAUUUUCCCAAUGAAUGAUUUCAGCAAAAUUCAGGGAGACAUACUUGACAGCGGAAGCCAUUUCGGGAAAACACCGCGACUGCGAAUGUGACGCAUCAAGAAACACUUAGGCCUACAGAGACUGACAUAUUAGAUGGCAGACUGGGAUUUCCCACACGCCAAUGGUGCUGCUUCUGGUGCUGGGACACCCAAGUUCAAGGUCAUCCUGCUGGGGAACUCCGGUGUGGGGAAAACCUCGCUGUUUCUGCGCAUCCGAGACGAUGAGUUCACCUCUGAACUACCAUCCACAAUCGGCAUAGACAGUUGCACUCGGAACCUCAAAGCGGAGAACCAGCAGAUACAGCUGGUACUGUGGGACACGGCGGGUGUGGAGCGGUUUCGCACUUUGACCCGGAACUUCUACCGCAGCGCGCAGGCUGUACUGCUCACGUUCAGCGUGGAGGAGCCGACCUCUCUCUAUCAGCUCAGCAACUGGGAACGGGACACCAGGGAGUACGCACCCACAGCUCUGAGGUUCCUGAUCGGCACCAAAACCGACAAACCAAUGCAAGUCCCAGCCAGAACCAUCCAGGGGUUUGCUCGGAGUCACAACUGCGAGUACGCCUUCCUCACUUCCGCCAAGACAGGUCAAGGCGUAAAUGAGGCUUUGCAGAUGAUCGGAGAGCAGCUCAUGUCCAGCCACAAGGCUCAGAAGUAUAACCAGCAGAACUCGUGGCUGGAGGAGAGCAUACACGUCAACCAGGGUCAGCAGAGCCUCAAGAAAAACUCCUGUUGCUAGGAGAAUGUACUUGCUCAGAGAAGAAAAAAUUAUAUAUGCUAUUAGAGAGAGAGAGAGAGAGAGAGAGAGAGAGAGAGAGAGAGAGAGAGAGAGAAAGAGAGAGAGAAA